AUGCUGCCCACCGCGCUGCUCGCACUGGGCCUGGCCGCCGUGUCGCCCGCCGCGGCCGCUGACUCUCUAGGCGGGUCCAUCGUCGAGGCCGGCGACACGCUCGUCUCCGCUAUGAUGAUGUUCGUCGGAAAGACCAACAAGGUCUACAUACUGGACAAGGUCGAGGGCAACGCCGAGCAGAUCAACGGCCAUUCAUUAUACGCCUCUGUAUGGGACCUCGACACCAAGACAGCGACGCCGAUGGACGUACAAACAAAUCCAUUUUGUGCCAACGGAAUGCAUCUGCCAAACGGCUCGUUUGCUGUCUUUGGUGGGAACAACGCUGUCGGCCCAGGUGGCGACAACCAUAUAAACGGCAGCACAACGGCGUUCGACCCUACAUAUCAGGACUACAAUGGCACACAAGCUAUUCGCGUGAUCACUCCCUGUGAUGGCUCUGUAGAUGGCGAUGCGGCGUGUGCAUGGGUGGACAGUCCGACCUCGGGACUGAGAAUGCAGAGCGGUCGCUGGUACCCCGGUGCAGAAGCGUUGGGAAACGGCUCGGUUAUCAUCAUUGGAGGCUUCGUCGCUGGCGGGUACAUCAACAGGAACUUCCCGAACACCGAUCCUUUCUACUCGGGCGGCGCCAGUAACCCUACGUAUGAGGUCUACCCGAAUAACGGUGUCACACAGCGUGUCAUGCAAUUCAUGGGCAAGACGUCUGGUCUCAACUCGUACCCGCUCACGUAUCUCAUGAAGUCUGGCCAACUGUUCGUCCAAGCCAACUAUUCAACCAUUCUCUGGGACGCUGACAAUAACGUCGAAACAGCAUUGCCCGACAUGCCGAACCAGAUUAUCCGCGUCUACCCCGCUUCCGGCGCAAACGCGAUGAUGCCGUUGACUGUCGCCAACAACUACGAACAGACUAUCCUCUUCUGCGGUGGAUUCUUCAUGGAGGAUGAUCAAUGGGGCGACUACAGCUACCCUUACAUCAACACCUGGGAGCAGGCUUCAAGCGCCGACUGCCAACGCAUGACGCCCGAACCGGCUGAUGGAUCUACGCCCGCGUACGAACAAGAUGACGAUAUGCCGACCGGCCGCACGAUGGGCCAGUUCAUCCUGCUUCCCGACGGCAAGAUGCUGGUCGUCAACGGUGGUCGUAACGGCACUGCUGGAUAUGGUACUUCCACGAAAUCUACACCGCAGGCUCAGAUGCCCUUCGGCGAGAGUUUCGCCGCUGAGCCUCAAGGCCAGCCUGCCAUCUACGAUCCUACGGCGGCAAAGGGCUCGCGCUGGAGCACCGAGGGUCUCGCAACGUCCAGCAUUGCGCGUCUGUACCAUUCGUCUGCGCUGUUAUUGCCCGACGGCUCCGUCAUGAUCGCUGGUUCCAACCCGAAUAUCGACGCCAACACCAGCUCGCUCAUUCCCUUCCCUACGACCUACAAGGCCGAGUACUUCUACCCACCCUACUUUAAUGCCACGACUCGCCCCGUGCCGACCGGUGUCCCCGACAAGCUCUCAUACGGCGGCACGUACUUUGACGUAUCCGUCCCCGCCAGCAGCUACUCCGGCAGCGCGAACGACGCCGCGGACAACACCAAGAUCUGGCUCUCACGCCCGGGUUGGACGACGCACGCUAUGAACAUGGGCCAACGCAUGAUGCAGCUCAACAACACCUACACCGUCAACUCCAACGGCACGAUCACCUACCACGUCGCUCAACCGCCUUCAAACCCCAACCUCUUCCAACCCGGCCCUGCGUACCUCUGGGUAACGAUCAACGGUAUCCCCUCGAACGGCUCCUACCUUAUUGUCGGUUCAGGCGACUUCGGUGACCAACCUACGUCCGCGGACAGCGUUCUCCCCGACAGCGUCCGCGUAGAUAGUGCCAGCGGCACCGGCUCGAACUCGACUUCCGGCUCCGACGACGACUCGAGCUCAGACAGCGGCAGCUCUCACACGACGAUGAUUGUCAUCGGCGUCGUGGCAGGUGUAGCAGCCGUCGGCGUCCUAGGCGCCAUAUUCGGCAUCUGCCUCUCGCGCCGCCGUCGUGCCGCCGCCCAAUCCUCGCUGCCAGGCCUGGGCCAAGACAUGACGUCCGACAAAGCCGGCGCCUACCCUAUGAGCGGCAUGUCCAGCAGUCCCAUGGGCCAGCGCGGCAUGCGUACGAGCGACAGCUCCGCUUUCGUUCCCUUAACGCAACAUGCGAACCCCUCAUCUAUGAACUUGAUGGGUGGGAGCGAGAGAGCGCCGAGUCCGUACCAGGACGAUUAUUAUGGCGAUUCGAGGGCGGGGACGCCUAUUGCCCAGCAUGGAGGCGGGUAUGGUGGGGGGUAUGGCGCGGGGCAGGGCAGCUUCGAUCCGUAUGAUGCGCCGAGGCCUAGCAAUGUGUCGAAUCUGGGGCCGGAGAGGUACCACUGA